CAUCCGUCAUGCUCGCCCAGGUUUGCUAACAGCUCCAAACUUCCUCAGUUAAAAUGUCUGUAAAAUAGUGAGCGCGGCGUGCAAAGUGUUCCUGGGAGUUCGUGUCGACUCCCUGCCUGUCUGAGGAUGUUUUCGUCUGUGUGGAACUUUGUGAAACGCCAUAAAAAGAAGUUUAUUGUGACCGGAGCUGUGGUUGGAGGAGUGUAUUUCCUGGGUAAAUAUGCCCAGAAGAAGCUGCGGGAGCUCCAGGAGCGAGAGGCCGCCGAGUACAUCGCUCAGGCCAGGCGGCAGUUCCACUUCGAGAGCAACCAGAGGACCUGCAACAUGACCGUGCUGUCCAUGCUGCCUCCUCUGAGAGAAGCCAUCGUCACUCAGCUCAACUCUGAAAGUCUCACCGCGCUCCUCAAGACCAAGCCGGCCAAUAAACUGGAGAUAUGGGAAGAUUUAAAGAUCGUCAGCUUCACUCGCAGCAUCGUGGCGGUCUACAGCACCUGCAUGCUGGUGGUGCUGCUGCGGAUCCAGCUGAACAUCCUGGGCGGAUACCUGUACCUGGAUAACUCUGCGGGGAAGAGUGCGGCGACUCCUCUGGCUCCUCCAGAUGUUCAGCAGCAGUACCUGUCCAGCGUUCAACAUCUGCUGGGAGACGGUUUGACGGGGUUGAUGACGGUGGUGAAGAAGGCGGUGCAGAACUCGCUGGGAAGCAUGUCCCUGAAGCACAGCCUGUCCCUGCUGGAGCUGGAGCAGCAGCUGAGCUGGAUCCGGGCCGAGGUGGAGGCCGGCUCCCAGCGCCCGCUCUGCUGGUACAUGCUGGCCGACGACGAGAGCGCGCUGGCCGAGCAGGCGUGCGGGCUGACGGAGAGCGACCUGAUCACGGUGCGCCUGCUGAACGAGACCCGGGACAUGCUGGAGAGUCCGGACCUGUCCACCGUGCUGAACGCCUGCCUGAACCGAGGCUUCUCCCGCCUCCUCGACAACCUGGCCGAGUUCUUCCGCCCGCCUCCCGGAGACUCCGCCCCCAGCUCCGCCCCCGACAGUCUCUCUGUGGUCAGUCUGCCGCUGGCGAAGAUCAUCCCCAUCAUCAACGGGCAGAUCAACACCAUCUGCAGCGAGGCUCCCAGCCACCUGGUGCAGGACCUGCUGAUGAACGACCAGGUGAAGGAGUUCGCCGCCAACGUGUACGAGUCCUUCAGCACGCCGCAGGAGCUGCAGAAAUGACCCCGAGGAGUGCUGCACCGUGAGUCCCUUCACUCCAGACACUUUGCUCCUCAGCGUCGUCCCAGAAGUCGACGGCGGCGGAGGGGGGAGGGGCGAGAGGGGAGGGGGGGUUCCUACGCCCCGCUCUGGAGCCGCCAUCCGAACAGAGAGGAGGGAGGAGGGGCGGGGCGUCACAGGACAAUAGUCCAGACCAAGACUGAUCCACCGUCAAACUGCUUCAACAAGCUCCCCCUUCUUUUGUUUACGACUUUUUUUUUUUUAAUCAGUUGGUGGGGUUUUUUCUUUUUUUUGUCCACUUUUACUGUGAAUUACCUUGUUUCCAUGGCAACAGAGGGAAGUGGGCGGAGAUUUUUUUAUUGUAGGCUAACUAAGGGGAGCGGUGGGUGAAGGACGUCUGCAGCGUCAGAAGGAAACCUGCUGAAGACGCUGCUGCAGUCAGUUUUUACUAAAUCAAACACGGUUUGUUUCUUUUCUGCUUUUUUUUUUUUUUCAUUUUCCUCUGAAAACUCUUAAGAUCAGGACAUCCAGUUAGAAAUCCAUGUCCAGACUGUUGUUUCCGUUUGAACCCUGCACUUCCCACAUAGUCCUGAAGGUGUCGCUCUUCCUCCAAUGUUCAAAGCCCUGGACUCGGUGACUGUGUUUCACCUUUUCCCCCCUGGGCUGUAUCUGUGGCACUUCCUGGGAACCUGCAGCGGCGUCUUUUAACAAUGAAGAUUUUCUCCUCCAUUCUUUAUUUCCCCGAGCUCCUACACUACCUAAACCUUGGCACAGCUUUUACCAGGAAUCGGCUCGUGUGUCGUAGUGAAUCCACCUCUUGGCAUCAACCCAUCAGAUUCCCACGGAGUUCCUCCUCGGGUGGCGAGGAAACGCCGGGCACCGGCUCCGAAUGUCAAAGCUGAACUGCAGACGGCAGCCGAAAUGUAUGUUUGUACCAAUUUAUCAAAGAAGUAAUAAAGAUAUGUGAUUUUCA